AUGUCUAAUCAAGACUAUCACUUCGGCUUCCAUCUCUAUUGCUCUCGGGAGCCCGGAAAUGACGGAAUGUUUGUUCAUCGAAUCGCCUGUUUCAGUGCAUACACUGAUAUUCGCGCGGUGUACGAUCUGAAAAGUACGGAGCGAAUUGAUAAGGCACUUGGGGCUAUCGUGCACUUUUCCACAAUGUUAGUUGGCUUUAUUUAACAGUCCGUAGUAUUCAUAUUUCACAGCGAAGUGGAACUCUCUGACGGUGUCGUCAUCAAAUUCCACGAGGGCAGCCUCCGAUCCAUCCGCCACGAAGACAGCGUCACCGACAGAAUUGUCUAUUCGAUGACGAACGUGGCUGUGGGCGUGAAGGAUUUCGGGACCAUAGGGUGUUACCGACACGAAGGACUCGGGCUCAUGAACGACACGAAGCGGGAGAUGGCUCCGGGGAUCUAUCACUCGAUUGUCUUCGUCGUGAACGUCUUCGAUGACACGUUCGAAAUUGAGAUUGCGCAGGCAAUCAGACAAGAAGGAGGCAUGUCCGCUCGUGCGGAGUCAACCCUGGAGAAGUUCCGAAGACUGCCAGAUGUGUUGGCGAUCGAGCAGGCGUUCAGCACCAAUAUGGAGACGUUCUGCUGGACAGUCAUCGGCAAACUGAAGUUGGUCAAGUACAACACCAAGUACGUGCUCGACGGUCCUCGGCCGGUGUUCAGUCUUAUGGACAUGACCUAUCAGAAACUGUUCAUGGAGCAAGCGGACGCCACUCCGGUGACUCUCGUCAAAAUGCGGCUGGACGCGAACGACGAGUACGUCGACGAUCCGGCGUUGGAGAGAUACGACGGAGUUGUGUUCGUCGCUGGCACCAAGGGAAAGAGGUGCAUGGUCAGACUGCGCUCCAGGGAGUCUCGAAUGUUCGCCAGGCAGUUUGAGAUUGAUGCGAUCUUCCGAUUUGAGCGGACGACUAAAACCGACGUUCUGGAGUACUGGAGGUACAGACUCUUACUAGGCCAUCGAUAAUCCCAAUUUCAGAAAAGAAAAGUAUUUGCAAAACGAAAUCUUCCAAUCGACAGUUGAGGAGAACGGAAAUCAAAACCAAGACGAGUCGCUGCUUAAUGUGCUCGACGGCUUCCGCACAGACGUGGAGAGUCUGAAGCAGAUAGAAGACCGCAACACGGCCGCAUGCCGAUUUGACCAGUCUCAACUGAGGGCCGCCUCGAUGGCUCUCAACGAACAGCGAAAGCUCGUGUGCAUUCAGGGACCGCCCGGGACCGGAAAGACCCGCACCCUGGCACUCAUCAUCUACCAACUGCUCAAAUCGGGCAAGACGGCGGUGGUGCUGACGCCGACGAACGAGGCGAUGAACAAUAUAAAAGCGGCCACCGAGAACUAUUUGGCGCUUAUGCGGUAUGAAAUUGGAGAGAAUGGUUCGGGUAGACAGUAAGUCAGCACGAAAUGAAUGAUUUUAUUUCUAGAUUUCAUGGACAUAAACAAGUUUAGCUAUGUUAUGAAUCAUUCCGAAGAGGCUAAGGAAGUGGCGGAAUGUUUGAAGGGUAAGGAGGAUCAGCUGGAGGCGGGAGCAAUCACGGAGCAGGAUUACGAGAAGGAACGGAAUUCUCUAUUGCACAUUCUGAAGAUCAGAACGACAAACAUGUUGAUGAAGCAGGUGAAGGUCGUGUUCUCGACGGUCACCUCUUCUUUUGUGCACAUUGUCGGCAAGUGCAAAGAGUUCAAUCCAUCCGUGUGCAUCAUCGGCAAGUUCAGACCCUACGAGGUUCGAAAACAAAGCCAUAUUCAGACGAAGCCGCGCAAGUGAUGGAAGCCCACACGUGGCCGUCCGUCUUCCGAAUGCCGCGAAUUGUGAUGGCCGGUGAUCCAUACCAACUUCCGGCUCUAGUAUUCACUAAGGAGUGAGUUGACCCUCCCCCACUUUAUCAUUUUCGUAUAUUCAUUGUAUAAUUUCAGUGGCAUACAGUUCCACCUGGCAACUUCUAUCAUGGAGCGGAUCUGCGAACGGAAGGAGGAGUACAGUUGGGUUAUGCUUCAGAAUCAGUACAGAUCCCAUUCAUGGAUCACCGAAUGGUCGAACAAGUCAUUCUACAAUAACGAGUUGAAGCAGAGAAUUUCUGAUGGAAGUCGACUGAUUGAGUACGAAUGAUUAGUGACGUUCAAAAAAAAACGAUGAAUUUCAGAUCGGAAAUUCGACUGCGAUCGUUCGAAGAGAAGCUCUACAACCCGUUCGUCAUGAUCGACACUUGUUUGGAAACGGACAGUGCCAAGAUCCCAGACACGUGGGAGAGUGCCGUGUUCAACCGAUCCGACGAGCGUUCGAUAACCUACGCGAACAGGAGAGAAGCGGAACUCGUCGUGCAGCACUACUACAAUCUGCUCUCGCUGGGCACGAGUCACGAGAACGUGGCGAUCAUCAGUCCGUACCGAGGACAAACCGACCUGAUCGGCACGCUGCUCAACGAGAAGAUCCCCGAGUUGGCCGGAAUGUUCGCGGUCGGCACUGUCGACAGUUACCAGGGACAGGAGUACGACAUCGUCAUCUUUUCGUUGGUCAGAAACAAUCCGAAAAGUGAGUCAUGCUCAUUCGUCUCUUUCGAUGUCUGUAAUUGCAGAGCACCUGGGUUUCGUGUCGAACCUACGCCGCCUGAACGUGGCCAUAACUCGUGCCAAGAAGCAGUUCAUGCUCAUCGGCAACGGAUGGAUGCUGAUCAAUCAGAAUCAGCCCGAGAUCCGAGACCUUUUCGAGUAACUCCUGGCUUCCUGUCCUCCAGAUUUCAAUCUCAAUAACUUUCAGAAUGUUCCGAUCGAGAAAGAAUCGAUUCCCGCCGGAUUAUGUGUACGGAAGGUGUGUCCCGUUCAAGAACGAGCCGGAAUUCAUCAAGAACAACUUUGGGAAGGACUUCCGUGAGUUCAUCGCUGUGUGCAAGGAUCCGGGGAUGAAGAAAGCGAUGUUGCGGUACCUGGAGUUGGAGUCCGAACCCUACAUUCGGAUUCAACGCCUUCAGACUGCGUCGGAGAGACGAGCGAUGGAGGCGAAGAAGAAACAUAACAAAUAUGACGCCAAGUGAAAUGAGCCCGCUCGUAUGUAUAUAUAUAAACAUGAAAAACACUUCCCACUCUGUUCGAUAUAUCACAAUUUUUAUCGUUUUCCAACGUUUUUCGCAUAAAACGUGAAUUUUUUAGCUUUUCCUGACAAAACGUUGCAAAUGUGCUCUAUUGCAAAUUUUGAAUUUCGGCGGCGCCAGACAGAAUCAUUUGAAUUUACGAGCCGUUUUCCGUCGCUUUUCUUGCUUCUCUCAACUGAUAAUCAAAAAAUUAUGUUCUUUUUAACUUUUUCAUCUCAAAAACGCACAAAAUUUCGUAUUUCGGCUAAAGUUUUCACGGUUUUUGUGGCUCCUUGUUUCUUCCUCAUUUUUUCGAUUUCAGAUAAGCUCGUUUUGUUCUAAAAAACUUUUUUGUUAAAUUUUCAGGGAAAUGAUAGAGGAUGUGGUUCAAUUGAAAAUAACUUUGUUAACUCAAUUCAUCGCUAUUGCCCCUCGGUGCUUGUAGACUCAAGCCAAAAUUUCCUGAAAUUAGGCUUGAGUCUGCAAACACCGAGAGGGCAAGAGCGGUAAAUUGAGUAUAUGUCACUUUUUUCCAAGUUCUACAAAAAUGCUACGCUCAAAUUGCAACUUUUCAGCUACAAUUGGUCUAAGCCGACGAGGACGGAGACAUACUUGUCGCCCGAAGAAGUCAGCCCGUCCUUCGAGGUCCGAACUAAUUUGUGGCCGGAACCUCGACUGGCACCCCGAUUGGACCACAAAGUUGGCUGCUUUUUUAAUUUUUGCCAACAAAAAGUAUCGGUGCCUUUCAGCACGCUCAUCUGUGGCUGAAUCGCCGGGAUUGGCUGGAAAACAUGGAGGAAACGACGUUGGACCUCGAAAAUGAAAACGAUUUGUCUUCUGAAGCGCUCGACGAGGAGGAGAGUGCGUUGGAAAAUGCCGGAGAGUUGAGAGACGAUGAAUUCGAUAGAAAUCCCGGUUUGUGCCGUGAUUUUUCGACAUUUCAACGACCUGAAAAACCCCGAUUUUAGGCUCGUCAAAAAUCUUCUAUUUUUCAAAAUUUAGUACUAAAACCCAGACAAGUCUGCCUUUUUCCGCGUUUCACACAAAAACAACACAGAAAUGACGCAAUUCUGCCUAAAAACCCUUUUCCAAUUGAAAAAUUUUUAGAAGACGCGCCGGAAACGGAAGCUAAUCAAGCAGUGGGAAAGGCGGAAGAAUCCGACCGAAAAGAGGAGGCGUGUCCCAGAGAAGUGGAAGACGGUGAAAAUGCCAACGAAGGAGGAUCGGAAGAGCAGUCCACUUCCGGAUCCAUUCCGUCCGAAGAAUCAUCGAGUGCUUCCCAUGGGCCCGAUCCAGUUUCAGGGACCCAGCCGGCACCUUCUCCUUCUUCUUCAUCUUCUGCCCACAACGAAUGCCUCCGGAAUGUAAUCGAAUUGACUGUCCAAACACCUCCACCGCAGCGAGCCGCGAGCACCCCGUCGCCGCGCACGUACGCCCAGGCUCCGAGUACUCCGACCCGAUCGGCCACCUCGACCACCUGGACCCGUUCCGAUUCUAGGCCUACGACACCGAUGUCCGAUCGUUCUCUGCAACGCGCCUUUGGACCGCUCGAAGUCCGGGUCGCGACGGUUUCGAAUGCAACUCCGACUGUCUCGACGGUGACCACGGCACACACGCCCGCUACCACCAACUCGACGCUUUCCCCCGUGGCCGCUGGUGUCGUCACCAGUUCCAACGGUGAUCCGGUUAGAUUUUGGGCUUUGCGAAUGUGCUCUGUCGGUUUUUUAACUGAAAUUCAUAAAGUUCAUAACAAAAAUGUGUAAUUUCUCGAUUCUCAGCAAGUUUUCAACGUUCUACGCUACUCCAGCAAAGUUCAUGAAAAAUUGCAGAUUUGUGCCUAUUUUUAGCAGAUUUUUCAAAUUUUAACAACUGAAAACGAUUUCAGACGCAACAGGGGACAUCGGUGCUGAACGGUCGACGACGGGAGCCGGUGAUGCACGUGCUGGCCUACGAGGGACCGGCCGAAGAGGGACCGUCCGGAUCCGGCAGUUCUUCCUUCGACUACGAAGAGAAUUCAUGA